GGAAGCGCUUUAGUAUCCUCAAAAAUCCUACUGGUCUUCGUCUUUGCUUGGUGAAGAUCAAGCUUAGUUAUGGAAUUCUCCCUUCUUCCUAUCCAUCGCGGCGAGCCACCAAUCCCCGUUCCUAGGACUCCAUACGUUUCUUCUGAGCGUUACGAUGGCGGUCCAUGGAUGUCUUACCCGGCUCGGAAAGGCAGGACUCUCACAGCUUGGAAUGGGACGUCUUUUGAUCUGAUUGAACACUAUCGUUCUGAAAGAGCAAAUCCGACGCCCCUCAAGGACCUCGAGCCGUUCAUUCAGACAUGGCUAUACUUUGGCCUUCUGGUUGAGUUCUCAGGCAUCAAUUUGUCUAGCUUGGAAGAGGAUUCAUCUGUACUCACUGAUUCAACUUCCAAGGACGUUGUUGAUCGCAUUUACGAUACCAUGUUAGUCCAUGAAGGCGACAAAACAUACGUUAGUCUCGAUUCGGAUUGCCUCCGCUCAUACGUGGAAAGUACCAGGCCACGAUUGCCUAAAGAUCCUGAGAUUCGGAAGAAGUACUACCAUCAUCUCACUCUCUGCCUCUCUUGUGCCCACUCGCUGUUAUCAACAAUGCCUAAAGAUUUUAACCAUGCUGUCAAAUACUCGAUUGCCGCUCUUGGAGAGCUACUUAUGCACACGGUCAAUGCAGGUUUCCAAUUCCUUCAAAUCCAACCAAAAUUUGGCAGAUAUUGGGGGAACGCGUUUCUCAACGAUGAGGCCAAAACUUCUAUGAGAAAUCAUGGAUGGUGUGUCAGUGACAUUGCGAGAGUUGAAGCCAAGUAUAAGUCAAUCCAAGCCUUAUAUAUGGCACAGAUGAUGGAUAGAUCGUUGCCUAGCAGGGACCAUAGUCAGUGUUCGGAGCAGGUUUGCAAAUUUUAUCAAAUAAAGAUGGAAGACUUCCAGAUCCGUCAUCAAAAUGAGGACUGUUCCUGUAUUCCGCUUGAAGUUAACAGUGAGAAUCUCACGGAGAUACUACGCAAGGACGACCGAUUUCCUCUGCUUCGUCUCACGGGGGAUUCCCACAACUUGAAUAUCGAACUUGUGGAGUACACACCAGGUCUUCCAUAUAUUGCAAUUUCCCACGUAUGGGCUGAUGGACUGGGUAAUCCCAAAUCCAACUCUCUUCAUCGGUGCAAACUGCAUCAUCUGCGAACAUUAGUCGCCGCUGUCGAUCAACAAGAAACCGGGGAAGAUACACCCAGGCCGGUCAAUCCGUUGAUAUGGCUCGACACUCUUUGUUGUCCUGCGCAAGAUGGAGAGGGGAAACAACUUGCUAUCGAGAAGAUCCGCCUAGUCUAUCAACAAGCAAAACAUGUGCUUGUCCUUGACGCGGGUCUCAUGUCAUACAAUGCGAGAACUCAAGACGUAGCCGAGCAGCUUGCGCGGAUAUUUAUGUCAGGCUGGAUGCGGAGACUUUGGACGCUGCAGGAGGGUGCUCUUGCCAAAUCCCUUUGUUUCCAAUUUGCCGAUAUUGCCGUAUACCUCUCGGAGCUGAUGGAAACUUUUGGUAAGAGGCUGAACCACAUGACAUACCGUGCUAUUUUUAUGGAUCUUUGGAACGAGUUCCAAGGUCUAAGGACAUUUUUCCACGGUGCGUCGGGCUCUAUGCCGUACAGUUGGCAAAGUUUUGCAACCCUUGACCAAUCACUACUCUUUCGUAGUGUGAGCGUUCCAUCAGACGAACCCCUCUGCAUUGGGACACUUAUGUCUCUCGAUCUACAUCAAAUUGUUACUGUUAAGCCAAAGAGUGACCGUAUGCGGAAGGUAUGGGAGCUAAUCUCUUCUAAGGAGGGCGGUAUACCGAUGGCGGUCGUCUUCUUCGAGGAGCCAAAGAUUGAUACACCAGGCUGGAGAUGGGCCCCUAGGAGUUUACUGGCAUGGAGAACUGGUGCGCAAGUCCAACUGAAUACUCGCAUACUGAAGUGGAAUUCGCCACUGGGGACCAUAACGACUCGAGGUCUCCGCGUCCAAUAUCCUGGAUUUAGGAUUAAGACCGUCAAAGAAUAUGGCGAUGUGAAGCCGCAAAAUCCAUGGCCGGGGUUUUCACGAGUUCCAGAAUCCGAUAUAACUUUUCGAGAUAAGGGUUCAGGAGAGUGGUAUCGUAUCAUCGAUAAGGAAUAUGCGCACAUACAUGCUACGUCGACUAAGGAGGAGAGAAUCGCGUACCAGAAGCUGUUUCCGCUACACAAUGUAGCAAAUACUGAUAACUCUGUCCUUUUAUUCAAUCCCGUGGGAGAAAUGUUGGAAGGUGUCUUUGCUACUGUUGUAGGGGAUGGAAGUUCGGAUUCUAUUGAAGAAGGUAUUGCAGUGAAGACUGAGCACAUCGUUAUGAUCACUGCCAUUCGUCCAGAUAAUGGAUACGUACACGAUACAAUCCGCGAGCUUGCCAUUCACCUCAGAGCUGACGAGGUGACGGACAGACACUUGGAAGUUUAUAAUCGGUUGGUUAAAGAAUAUCGGGAUUCUCCCGACCUUUUGGAGACAGUCAUGGAGAACAGCGAGGAGAUCAAGAGCUCCCUCGCGGAACUCAAGAGGAAGAUGCAGCAUAUGGUUCAAGAGGUGGCUGCUGGGGACAAGAAGUUCAUGGCAGGUAUGAAAAGCUUCGAGGAAGUCCCUCUUGAGAGCGCAUGGGUUUGGAUCCGUGAUUUCUUCCAUCACGAUUAUGAAGAGCAAAAUGGUGGUUACCAGAAGUACUUGGUUAAGGACGGCAAACCAUACAUCCUCUCGCUCGAGGCCGGGCCGGCCUACGAAGACGCUCGCAGUCAAGGCUACACGUUCGUCUCUAAGUCCGAGUUUGCCAGCAAGGAGGAUAUGAUGUACUACGACACGGAAUGCGAGGCACACAAGACGCUAAAGGCUGGGGUAAAGGAACUCGGAAACGAGGGGACGAUGAUGAUGUAUUAUACACCAGCUGUUACAGCUGCUAUUUGAGUGGAGGUAGGACUCAGGAGAAGGGAAAAAAGAGACGGGGCCAAGCAUGUCAGCGAAGCGCAGUUACCAUCUACUGCAUCUUAGAACUCUAUUAACCAUGAACCACAAAUUGAACGACGAUGUUGAUGCAAGAUAACAAGGCCAAUACACGC